GGUACUUUACAAGUCCACUUUAGCCAUGGCGCCCUCGAGGGGACAUCACGUCGAGGGGACUACGAACGAUAAUAAAAAUACACGUCAUGGAGCGCGAUGCAGCAGCCGCACGCGUUGCCAGCCCUCAAGCGGCGACGAAGUAUGUAGAUCACGAGGCGGCCAUACCUGUCCAGGAAGAAACGCGCCCGUCAAAGACAGCAUCCGCACCACGCCGACCUGUGACGCUGCAUCAGCUGUCGUUUCGAGAGCACUCCGAGCAAAAUCUCGCGGCUCUCGGGCUCAUCGACCGGCUGUGCCUGCGGUUCCUCAAUUUUGUUGUGGCACGGCGUGCACUCGCGUUUUGUGUGGUGACGGGGUUCUACGUGGCCCUCGCGGGUGCGGGCAUUGCAUUCGGGUGUCUGACGCCGUCGCCGCAAUACCAGUACGAGUGGAUCAUCGACGACAAGCGGAGCACGCGGAACAUGGACAUGCGGCUCGCGGCGGUCGACGCGGUCGACCAACUGGACGCCGGCGACCUGCAUGCACGCAAGCAACCUCACCAGUUGAUAGGAAUUUGGGUCGAAUAUGCGGGGCCCAGUGGUAACAUUUUUACGCCCACGAGAUUACAGGAGAUAUGUGAGAUGGAGGCGACCUUCUACCGGCCGGCCAAGUACCAGGACGUCUGCGUCCUCGACAACGAUGGCCAAUGUGCUAUACCACCGCUGUCUAUUGUUGGACAAUUUUAUGGCGUCGAGUGGCUCGCGGGGCUUGUGCAGAAUGGGACUGGAACCUGUGAUUUGUUGGCGACUGCAGAGGUCGAGGCAACAUGGAUAAGUAUGAUAUCUGCGGCCAAUGCGACCAGGGAGGGGUUCAAUGAAUAUGGCAUUUUCAUGGAGAAAGGGGCAGUAGCCGUGGGCGCGACGUCAAAGACUCGAUCGCUGCUCUCUGUGGGACAGCCACUCGAGGGAUUUGCCUCUACGAGAGACCGGACCGAGCGGCAAACAAAGACUUAUCUAGCGUACUUUGAGGCCGUUGAACAAGAUCUCUGGGAUCAUUUUGGCGUCGAGUCGACGUUUUUCCAAACUCCUUACUUUGCACCAUGGCGGCGCAAUGGCCUCAAACUUCGAUACUUCUCCUGGCUAAUCGCGCGGCUCGAAAAUUUGCGCAUGCAAGAAAUGGAUUUAUAUUUCAUAAUCUUCACGAUAAUCUUUGUCGACCUCUGCAUUCGCGCCUACACACGCUCGCACGCAUUCACAGCAGCGGCGCUGGCACAGAUCCAGUUGUCAAUUCCCGUGACGGCGUUUUUGUAUCGUAUCGCGUUUCGAAUCGAGUACUUCGGUUCGUUACAUCUCUGUAGUAUAUUUCUAGCCCUUGGUAUUGGUGCAGACGACAACUUUGUGCUCUUCGACGCGUGGCGCCAGGCACAGGCUGAUGUGCCCAGGGUUGAGAAUGCAGACGAGACGACGCUCCGACGACUCUUAUACGCGUUUUCACGCACCAUGGAUACGGUUUUCAACACGUCGCUAACGACUGCCCUUGCGUUUCUCUGCCUAGGCUUAUCGCCAAUUAUGCCGGUCCGGACCUUUGGCAUUUUUGCAGCGAUGGUCGUGGUCUGCAACUACGUCAUGGUCCUAACUAUGAUUCCUACAUGUCUAAUUCUUUGCGAUGGAUGCUACUUUUGGCCACGGCAAUGCGCACGAGAAGCUGCCACUAAGAGCUCGGCACCAAAGAGUGAGAGGCGCAUCUUCCCGUCAAUCAAGCCAUUCUUCGAGAAAAUUUACUUGCGCUAUAUGUCUUGGACUUUAAGCUGCGCGAAGGGCAUUCCCAUUGGAGCCUGGCUCUCGGUCUGGUGCUUCCUCGUGCUUGGCGUCUUCCUCGGUUAUCGGGCGUUGCAUCUCGAAAUGCCGCGCGAACAGGAAGAGCUGUUUCCAAAGAAGCACAUGUUCAUGGGCUUCCUCAAUGACAUGGCAAAUGACUACGAGGCUGGCGCCGACGACCAGUACUGUCGCGUCUUCUACACGUUCGGCAUCAACAACUUGGGUAAGGAGAAUUAUGACGAAUACAAACCAGACUAUAAGAGAGGCUACGCCAAGUGGAAUCGUGCUUUUGACCUACACGCGCCGGCCGCCCGGCUAGCACUCAAAGGAUUUUGCGACACUGUCCGUGCGGUGCCAUGCAGUGAGCAGGAGUGUUCCAUGGGGCUUCUCCACCUGCCUGAAAGUACCAUCUGUUUUUACGAGGAGUUCGAAGCGUGGAAGGUGUUGCACAGUGUGUACUCGAAAGCCUGGGUGAACUUCUAAAUUUCAAUAUUUUGUGCUUCGCGCAGGCUGCGGGCUAUGGUAACUCUUCGCUCGGUCUCUCAAAUGCAACCGCCGACGAGUUCUACGGAGAGCUCGCUUCAUUCAGGGAAUCGACAUACCCAGGGAUGAUGCUUGGUCACGAAUCUGACGGUAGCACGUGGAAUGAUUACAUCGGUUUUAUCGACGGCCAUCUCCGAUACGUAACCGUGUCGACUUCGCUGACAAUGAAACAGUACAGCGCUAUUCAAGAGCGGCGCGAGGUCAUAAACCGCGUGAUUCAUUUUGUCGACGGGCAGCAGCCGCCAUUACCACCGGAGCUCGGUGACUUAACCUACGAUGGCGGUUGGGAGUUCCUCUGGACCGACACUUUUGAGGCGCUCCGUGCAUCGCUCUUCGAAGGCCUAGCAAUCUGUUUCCCCCUUGCGUUUGCUGUGUUGCUCUUUUCGACGGAGAAUCUAUUAGUUUCCCUUUAUGCCAUCUUCGGCAUUGCCCUCAUCGUCGCUUCGGUGCUUGGCACCAUUGAGUACAUCUACGGCUGGGACCUUGGAAUCGUCGAGUCGCUCAUGGGUAAUUUGGUCGUGGGCUUUUCAGUAGAUUACACCAUUCAUCUCGGUCACAUGUUUGUCGCUGCCGACAAAGAGCACAACUUAAGGCAUCGCGUCGACCGCUUCUCAUUUGCGAUCCGCAAAAUGGGCAGUACAGUCGUCGUAGGCGCUGUGACGACACUGGGCGCCGGCCUCUUCCUGCUCCCUUGCCAACUCGUGUCUUUAAACAAGCUCGGUCUCCUCAUGAUCACCACGAUCUUCUUCUCACUACUCUACUCUUUCGGGUUCGUCAUGCCGCUCCUUGCUGCCGCGGGGCCCUCGGGGGACCGGUUCGCGUUUCGACCCCUGAGCGCGCUGAAGCGGAUGGUCUCCAAGGCCCAUGGUCCUGAGCGUGCUGAAGCGGAUGGUCUCCAAGGCUCAUGGUAUCAUCGGGGGCCACCGGUGAACCUGCUUUUCGGUGUGGGAUCGUCUACUUUGCGCUUGCCGUGAGAUGGAUGCUGUCCAAACACCCCCCCUCCCCCCCCCCGUAGUCUGAUGUAAGUUGUAAUUACUAGGG